AUGAGCUUUCACCUGAGAACCAGUUAUCAUCAAUCCGUAGGUGUCGCGCCUGUUGUGGUGAUGCCUAUUACCACCGCCGCCGCUGCCGCCACGCCAACUACUACUACUCCUACUCCUCAAACCUAUUAUGCCUCACCGCCACCACCCACAGCAGCACCUCAGCACAUACCCGCGGCGGCGGCGGUGCAGCACCAUCCCAUCACACCCCGCAAUUCUCUGCACCAACGCUUGCCCACCAAUGGUUCCGGAUACGAAUCGGCGUUGGAUGCUUUGAAUGCCUUGGACUUUUCCGAACGGGCCUUGGAUUUUUCGAGACGCAUUACUUCUGACAUAUCCACUCUGGAAUGCGAAUCGGUCAAAGCGGAACCCAACUAUAAUCCUGCCGUGGAGGAUACACCCUUUGUACCACCGUUGGAGAUUCACAUUCCGGUCAAUCUUGCACACUUGGCAGUGCAACAGAAGCAGCAACAGCAAAAGAAGCUGCAGCAAUCCAAUCAUGGCAGUACUACUACUACAACUACUACUACUGCUCGAAGAGCAUCCUUCUCUUCUGCCAAUCUUCUUAAACCAGCCAUCUUGACUCGGCAAACAUCUUGCCAGUCGCGAUUGGAAAUGUCCCAAGCCUCUCCCAACAAGUCUUCAUUGCAUUACAUAUCCCACAAGUCGGCCAUGAAACUUGCCAUGAACAAUGGUGGUGUCCUCCCGCCCCAGUAUUCGCAUUCCAGUGGUACAGUGCCACAAGAAGAGCUCGAUCGGGAUCCUAGUUUGGAAGACUAUGCCAAUGGUGCGGGUGCAGUCACCUGGGACGAUCACUCACGGUUGUCCUACUAUACCAGUCCCACGGAUUUGUACACGAGCGAUGACUCCGAUCCCAUUGCCAUUAGCAACAAUGCUUCUAACACUGCCACCAAAAAGGGCAAGGUCAAGCGGGAAUUGAAAAAGAUCAUGACGCGAUUCCGGCAUUCCAAAUCCAAACAUAAAAGCAAGACGCUGCAGCCACAAGAGGUGGUGGAAGGUGCCAUUAAGGAUUAUGACAGUUUUGGGAGUGAACGAGGGUUUUGUUAA